AGGGAACAACGACAGCAGCCUUGCCCUUCAUGUGCCGUCGUCGGUGUUGUUGCCCGCAGGAUCUCUGAACUCUCUCCUUCAGCUAAAGCCUACGGCAAAGGCAUUCCUCUUCUCCCACCACUAAUCUUAUUUCUGAAGCAUAGAUCAGAAAUCUACAGCUCUAUUCUGUCAUGCAUAUAACAAAUCCGAUAUCUUGAAAGAAGGGAAGGAAUAGGAGAUCCUCAUCAUCAUCGAUGGAAGGCGUUCAAGCCGGAUCCGAAAGAGACAAAUCCAACUCUCCUUCUCCCAUUGCAUCUGUCUCCAAUUUUUGGAGAGAAUUCGAUUUGGAAAAGGAAAGGAUCGGAUUAGAUGAGCAAGGGCUUAAGAUAGCUGAAAAUCAGGAAAACAGCCAGAAAAAUAGGCGGAAGCUUGCAGAGAGUACCCGAGAUUUCAAGAAAGCUUCCCCAGAUGAAAAGUUACAUUUGUUUAAUUCUUUACUCAAGGGUUAUCAAGAGGAAGUUGACAAUAUUACAAAGAGAGCAAAAUUUGGAGAAAAUGCUUUUCUUAACAUCUACCAGAAACUUUAUGAGGCUCCAGAUCCCUAUCCAGCUCUGGCUUCAAUUACUGAGCAAGAAGUGAAAUUGUCUGAACUGGAAGCUGAGAACCGAAAGAUGAAGGUCGAACUCGAGGAGUUCAGGGCUGAAGCUACUCAUUUAAAGAAUCAACAUGCUACAAUCAGAAGACUUGAGGAACAUACCCGCCGGUUAGAACAACAGAUGGAGGAAAAAGUGAGGGAAACUGUGGAAAUGAGGCAACGAAGCUUGGCAGAAGAGAAUCAGAAAAUGCUGGAGGGCCUUAAAGAACGGGAGCUAUUAUUGCAGGAUCAAUUGCGACAUGCGAAAGAAAGUGUUUCGAAUAUGCAGAAAUUACAUGAAUUGGCUCAGAGCCAGUUGUUUGAACUUCGUGCUCAAUCAGAGGAGGAAAGAGCAGCAAAGCAAUCAGAAGUCAAUCUCCUUAUGGAUGAAGUUGAGCGAGCUCAGACUAGACUACUUAGUCUUGAAAGGGAGAAGGGUCUCUUGCGCUCUCAAUUGCAGACGACAAAUGAAGAAAAUGGUAAUAAGAAAAGUGAAAUGGAUUCGAAUAGUAUCCUUGAGAAUUCUUUGAAUGCCAAAGAGAAGAUUAUCUCGGAAUUAAACAUGGAACUUCAUAAUAUGGAAACCACUUUCUCUAAUGAGCGAGAGCAACACAUGAAUGAGAUCAAGAAGUUGAACUUGUUGCUCAUUGAAAAGGAUACUGCCCAUGAGGAGAUAAAGAAAGAACUUCAGGGAAGGCCAACUACAAAAUUAGUCGAGGAUCUACGGAAAAAAGUCAAAAUUUUGCAGGCAGUGGGUUAUAAUUCGAUUGAGGCUGAAGACUGGGAACUAGCUACGAGUGGAGAAGAAAUGAGCAAGCUUGAGUCCCUGCUUCUGGACAAGAACCGGAAAAUGGAACAUGAGCUCACUCAGUUGAAGGUCAAAUUUUCUGAGAAAACAAGUUUGUUGGAAGCAGCUAAAGCAAAAGAAGCAGAGCUAAUUGCAAAACUGAAUGAACAACAAAGAUUAAUUACAAAGCUCGAAGAUGACAUACUGAAGGGUUACAGCUCUGCAGAUCGUAAAGGUACUCUUUUUGAUGAUUGGAAUCUUAACGAGGCAGGGGGAUCAGAAAUGUCUGAGAAUGCAGAUCAGAAACAUGUGUCCUCAGAUCAAGAUCAAAGUUCAAUGCUUAAGGUGAUUUGCAGUCAACGAGAUCGGUUUCGGACACGCUUACGGGAAACAGAAGAGGAAGUGAGGCAGUUGAAAGAGAAGGUAGGCGCACUAGCAGUAGAAUUAGAGAAAACUAAAGCUGAUAAUGUGAUGCUCUACGGGAAAAUCCGUUAUGUCCAAGACUAUAAUAAUGAGAGGCUAGUGUCCAGAGGAUCAAAGAAGCAUUUAGAAGACGUUGAAAGCGGCUUCAGUUCGGAUGUUGAAUCCAAGUACAAGAAAAUAUAUGAGGAUGACAUAAAUCCUUUUGCUGCUUUCUCGAAGAAGGAAAGGGAUCAAAGGUAUAAGGAACUUGGGUUUAGAGAUAAAAUCACACUCAGCAGUGGCCGUUUUCUUCUUGGCAACAGUUUUGCUGCUUUUGACAUGUCAAGCCGGUGCUGGACAUGGACGACUAUUUCUAUGUUAAAUUACGGAUAUGCUCGAACUUUUGUAUUCUUCUACUCCAUUGGGUUGCAUCUCCUUGUGUUCGCCUGUCUAUACAGAAUGUCUGCUUUGAGCUAUCUCAGCACAAUGAAUGGCCAUGAAGAAUCCUUGUUGAAAGCUGGAAACCUAACAUUAUCUCAUUCAUCUUGAUGCUGCUGACUAAAUGCUAUUAAAUUUCUAACUCACCUAUUCAUACAUUGAUAGCCAGGUGAGAGGGUUUAACUAUGUUCUGAAUAAUAUAACUUGUUAUUAUGUAAAUAACAACAAGUGCUAUUCUUUGUUGACGACAAGUAAUAUGAAUAGAUUGUGAUGUAUCUGCUUGUAUGGACCUACUGGGGCGGGGGGAGCUUCAGAGAAUGUCCAUCACCAAGUCUUCACCAGAUCCGUCUAGGGUUUCUUUCUA